UCCAGGGGCCGGAUUCAUCAAACCAUUUACCAGACCUCUGUUUGGUGAAAUGGCGCUGCUCUGGGCACUGGAACAUGACAGGCUACGACGGGAAAGAGUUUUCAGAGACCGUCUCAAUCCUUUAGAGGUCAGCGAUGAUCUCCUCCUACACUAUUAUCGGCUGCCCCGCCAUGAAAUCCUUCAGCUGUGUGAGGAGAUUGGACCACAUAUCCACAGGCCCACAAGUAGGACAAGAGCAAUUCCAAUUCACACACAGAUCUUGGUUGCCCUGCGUUUUUAUGCCAGUGGGACAUUUCAGAAUGUGGUGGGUGAUGUAGCUGGUAUCAGUCAGUCAUCAAUAUCAAGAAUAUUGAAUGAUGUUACUGAGGCUUUGUUGAACAAAGCAAAACGAGAAAUAAAUAUGCCCCAAAAUCUGCAGGAGCUCAUGCUUAUCAAGCAAGAUUUUUAUGGCCUCAGUGGAUUCCCUUCUGUCAUAGGGGCAAUAGACUGCACUCAUAUACCCAUCAAAGCACCUGCAAAUGCAGUUGUUUAUCUGAACAGAAAGAGGAAGUACAGCCUUAAUGUACAAGUUGUGGCAGACUCAAAGAUGAGGAUCAUCAGCUUCUGUGCAAGCUUUCCCGGGAGUGUUCAUGACUCCUACAUAUGGCGUCAAAGUGUUCUGCGCCAGCAGUUUGUGGAGGGCCAGUACGGAGACUCACUACUUCUUGGUGAUUCUGGUUAUCCUCUAGAGCCCUUCCUAAUGACACCAGUGAGCCAACCAACAACUGAUGCUCAUCGUGCCUAUAACCGCAGCCACUCUAGGACACGUGUUGUGGUGGAACAGACUUUUGGGGUAUUAAAAUCUCGGUUCCGUUGCUUGCAUGGGUCAGGUGGCAGCCUUCAGUAUGACCCAGUCAAGUGUGCCAAAAUUGCAAUUGCAUGUAUGCUAUUGCAUAAUAUUUGUAUCAUUAGAAGAAUUCAAUUAAAUGAGCCUUUAGUACAAGAGAUUGAAAACAUGGAAAAUGAUGCCUACAGAGGAAAUGAAGUCACAGGGCAGGCUCGACGAAGGGGUCUGAUUGACAAUGUCUUUUCAUAGACAGUGUUGUUGGUUGGAAUGUGCAUGUAUGCUAUUGCAUAAUAUUUG